CAUGUGGGCGCACACGCAGUGUCGGUUGUCAGCUGUCCAGUUGUGCGCUCUCGCUGGGGAGGCUUUUUCUGCUGGGAACUUUCUGUAAGUGAGUCAACACCGCACAGGGAGGACGCCACCCAGCCCUGCCGCUGGAUCUUAUGCUGGGCUUCUCUCUUCUCCUUCGAGGACGCAGGGCACAAAGACGAAUCCGCUUGGGUCGACAGGCUGGGGGUUUCGGUGUUUUCUGCUCCCACGCAGCGCCGGGGAUGGUUAUUGUCGCUUUGACGCGGCUUUUUCCUCUUUGGAAUUAACGCGGCGGAGGAAAAAAAAGGAAAGAAAUGAAAGUGACGGUGUGCUUCGGGAGGACCCGGGUGGUCGUUCCGUGUGGAGAUGGGAAUGUAAAAGUCCAGAGUCUUAUCGAACAAGCGGCCAUGAGGUACAAAAAGGCGAUCGCAAAGGACCCCAGCUACUGGGUUCAGGUGAACAGGUUGGAACAUGGCGAUGGUGGUAUUUUGGACCAGGAUGAUAUGCUGUGCGAUGUGGUGGAUGACAAAGAUAGGCUGGUUGCAAUAUAUGAAGAGCAGGAUCCUCACAAUGGAGGCGACGGUACCAGUGCCAGUUCCACAGGUACACAAAGCCCAGAACCCUUCGCCAGUGAGAUGAAUUCAGCAUCAGCCUUCCAGCCCUACCAGGCCAGUAGUGAGAUUGAAGUCACCCCAUCUGCUCUGCGAUCCAACAUGUCUCUCAAUGUCCGUCGCAGUAGUGAUCCCGCACUGGCUGGCUUUCCUCCAGGCGAGGCCCCGGUUGCUGCAGAAGAACCGUCCAGAAAAAAUCCAACUCGCUGGUCCACAACCCCUGGUUUCCAGAAGCCCAACCAUAAACGAAACCCCAGCAAUGAAACAGGGAGCCUCGAACAAAAGGGCAGAGGAGCCCAUGCCUACCGUAGUCUUCCUCGUGAUGCGAGUGGCUGGUCCACUCAGUUCCAAAGAGAGAUGACUCGAUCUUCCCUUAGUGCCAACCAUCCGAUGGUAGAUCGAUGGCUCGAUCGACAAGAACAGGAGGAGGAUGAGGAAGAGGAGCAAAGGAGACACGAGAGGAGAAUCGAGCGGACGGAGCCAGUAGGAAGGGCCGAUUCCUCACUGGAACAUUCACCAGUGUUUCAUAUAGAAAGCAUGCUCAAGCCCGUCGAGGUGUCCAAUGAAGGUGGGCCCCUGGGGAUCCACGUAGUGCCUUUCAGUUCACAUGAUAUCAGGACACAGGGCUUGCUAGUGAAGCGUUUGGAGCCCGGAGGCAAAGCAGAGCAGGAGCGUCUCUUCCAGGAGAACGACUGCAUCGUCAGAAUUAAUCAGGGAGACAUUCGCAACCUGCGCUUUGAACAAGCACAGAACAUUUUCAAGCAGGCGAUGCGUUCCCAGGUCAUCCUUUUCCACGUGGUCCCUGCAGCCAUGAAGAAGCAAUAUGAGCUGCUGUCAGCACAGAAGGAGCUGAGCAGCCCACCUCAGCUGAACAGGGUUCGUUUCAGCCAGGAGUCUCAACAGCCAGCAGACAGGUCCAGUCUGACCGGGCCGCUGACGCCCAGAUCGGGACAACCACCGGGCCUCAAUCACAACCACCAUGGCUCACUGGCAGAGAGCACCCCAGACUCGAGUAGACGCUUUGCCACUCCACCCCACAUUUUGAUCUCCAGGACCCCGUCAGCCCCUUCGCCCUCCCUGCAGCGCAGGAUAAGCUCAAACGCCCCCAGAACCAUCGACCUAAAGAACAAAGGUCGCAGGUUCAACGUCCAACUGAAGAAAGGUCCAGAGGGUCUCGGAUUCAGCAUCACAUCCAGAGAUGUCCCGAUUGGCGGCAGUGCUCCAAUUUACGUUAAAAACAUCCUUCCUCAAGGCGCCGCCAUCCAAGACGGUCGACUUAAAGCUGGAGACCGGCUGCUGGAGGUUAGUGGGGUGGACCUAAAUGGUAAAAGCCAGGAAGAGGUGGUAGCCCUGCUCCGAGCUACACCCAUGGGUGGAACCGUGAACCUGUUGGUGAUUCGCCCAGAGGACUCCCUGCUGCCCCGAGAAGUGCAAGAGAAAGAUGACAUCGUGUUAACCCCUGACGGUGCACAAGAGUUCAUGACCUUUGAGAUCCCUCUGAAUGACUCGGGUUCAGCAGGCUUGGGGGUCAGCGUCAAAGGAAACCGGUCCAAGGAGAACCACGAAGACUUGGGCAUCUUCGUCAAAUCCAUUAUUAAUGGAGGUGCUGCUAGCAAGGAUGGCCGUCUGCAUGUUAACGACCAGCUUAUAGCAGUCAAUGGGGAGUCGCUGCUUGAGAAGACAAAUCAGGAGGCCAUGGAAACACUGCGCAAAUCAAUGUCUGUAGAGGGUAACAAGCGAGGGAUGAUCCAGCUCAUCGUGGCCCGGCGGGUAGCCAUGAGCAGUGAGGAAGUCCCUGGCAGCCCUUCAUUUUUGGAGCAUCCUCUUAACUCUAUUCUGGAGAGCCAUGAACGACGGAUCUCCAACACUCUCUAUGAAACCACAGAGGGCCCAGACAGCGUCUCCACUCCACGAGCUAAUACGAUCGGACGCAUUGGUCGCUCCCAGCUCUCUCCGACUGUGAACAUGCCACAGGACGACAUAGUAAUGAUCGAAGACGACAGGCCACCCCUGCUCCCUUCCCACCUGUCUGACCAGUCGUCGUCCAGCUCCCAUGAUGACAUGGGUUUUGUGGGAGAAAACCAAGUUCCCUGGAUUCAUGAGCUGCCCGGACAGAAUGAAUGUUCGCUCAGUCCGGACGCAGACCCUGGCACUUCAUUCCAGAGGGAGGGGUAUGGUCGCCAGAGUAUGUCGGAAAAGCGCACGAAGCAGUACGAGAAUCCUGCACAUCUGGAGAUCAUCAAGUCUCGCAAGUCCAAGAGCAUGGAUUUAGGUUCUGCAGAACAGCAGGUCGGGCCUUCCCUGGGCCUGAAAAAAUCCAGCUCCUUGGAAAGCCUCCAGACGGCUGUUGCUGGGACAGUGCAGAAUGGCGAGAUCAAUGUUCGCAGGUCGCGCUCGAGGAUCGUCAGGAGCCGAGGCUGCAAUGAGAGUUUCCGCGCUGCGAUUGACAAAUCGUACGAGAAGCCUGCUGUUACUGCGCCAGAAGAGGAGAACAGCGUGGACACAUUGGAUGAUGACACAAGCUCCCGAUCGGGUCAAGAGUCCAUGUCCACCAGCGGUGACCUGACUUCGGGCCCCUGGCUGAAUGGCAGAGACGACAGACAGAAAGAUCAGGAGAAGUCUGGGGUGAAGGAGAAGAAGAAGCCAGAAAGGGAGAAAGAAAAAGACAAGGACAAGAAUAAAUCCAAGAAAGGCGUGCUGAAGGGCUUGUUCAGGUUUGGAAAGAACCGGAAGGACGAGCGGCUGGACGACAAGAUGGAGAGGAGGAGCUCCACUAAAUCCAAAGCAGAGGACAUGCAGGCAUCAGAAGAGGAGACCCAGCAGAUGAGACUGGAACAAGAGAGAAUACAGGCCAAGACGCGGGAACUCCGUGAGAAGCAGGCAAAAGAGAGAGAGUACGCAGAGAUCCAAGAUGUCGUCAGCCGCACCUUCAGCUCAGACGAGGACCACACUUACGCCGGCAUUGGAUCGCUGUGCUCGUCAAUAGACAGCAGCACCAUAGACCCCUACAGCCACCCCUACCAUCUCCCCCAGAGUCCUCUGAGCCCGCAUCCUCCUUCCCUGAACCUUCAAGACAACGGUCCUCCCCUGGAGGCGCUGUACGCCCAGGUCAACAAGCCUCGCAAUGGACGCCCCGCAGCUCCAGACAGCAGUCAGAUGGCGCCUAGUAACCAUGACCGGAUACAGAGACUAAGGAAUGAGUUCCAGCAGGCCAAGCAGGAGGACGACGUAGAGGACCAUCAGCACACCUACAGCUUCAACCAGUCCUGGGCCAGCAAUGGGACGGAGACAUCAAGUGGACGCCAUUCUGUAACGGUUGAGACUCAGGUCCAGAAACAGCAGCAAGAGGACAGAGAUGAUUUCCCACAAGCACAGAGACAGUACAAUUCCCUGCCACGGCAACCUCGCAAGAACAACAGUGCGGCGUCCCAGGACUCGUGGGAUAAGAUGUACGUGCCAGCAGAGGGAUUUCAGCCAUCCAAGGAAAAUCCUCGCUACUCCGGGGGCCAGGGGUCACGUAACGGCUACCUGGGAACACCCAGUAUUAACGCCCGCGUCUUCCUCGAGACCCAGGAGUUGCUGAGGCAGGAGGAAAGGCGUCGAGAGCAGGAGGCCAGCAAAACCAGGCCUCCUCCUGCACAGGAAACCCCCAGCGGCAUCACCUUUGACCAGAACAGAGACAGCACUCAAGCCACUGGCUCUGCCAUAGCUCGGGCCCUCUCAAAACCCAAGGGGCCCUACAGACAGGACGUGCCCCCAUCACCGUCCCAAAUCGCCAAGCUCAGCAGGCAUCAGAGUUCAGUGAAGGGAAGGCUGUUUUAUUCCUGAGAGGGUGAAAAGGAAGAAUAUGGAUGUCUUUAAGGAGAUGAGGACUGAUCCUAACAAGCAUUUACAGGGAAAAAAAAAAAAAAAAAGAUU